AUGAAUGUUUCUUGGUUACCGAGAGAUACGACAAAUAUAUGUCGUGAAUUUACCACAGUCACAACAUGUGCUCCAGCAUUUGUUGCAUUUAUGACAUUGAUAACUAAAUAUUUUGGAAAUUUUGUCGACGAUGAGAAAAUGGAGGCAUCCUGUAGGAAAUUACCCACUCCUCCAUACAGGGCUCAACCUCAAAAAAGUACACAAGAAGAAUAUGAUUUUAUUGUUGUCGGUGCUGGUUCUGCCGGUUGUGUGGUCGCCAAUAGGUUAAGCGAAAUAUUUAAUUGGAAGGUUCUCUUAUUGGAAGCAGGAACGGAAGAACCGAAAGUUGCUCAAGUUCCCGGAUUUGCUCCCAUGUUACAAAGGAGUUCAAUCGAUUGGUUUUACAUGAUGCAACCACAAAAACAUUCAUGUUUGUCUAGGCCUAAUCGUCAGUGUUAUUGGGCACGUGGAAAAGUUAUGGGCGGGUCAAGUACGAUUAAUUACAUGAUGUACGUUAGAGGAAAUCGUAUGGAUUACGAUUCUUGGGAAAAUCAAGGAAAUUACGGUUGGAGAUACGAAGAAGUUUUGCCAUAUUUUAAAAAAUCUGAAAAAAAUAUAGAUUGUGAUGUUUUGAUGGAUAAACCGGAUUAUCAUGGGAAACAUGGCUUUCAGUUAGUGAGUAGAUUUUCGUGUUUGGAUCAAAGUGUACACGCAUUGGUUGAAGCAUGGAACGAGUUAGGAUUUUCAACGGUCGAUGUAAAUGCGGAAACACAAAUCGGGGUAAUGAAAUUACAAAUGACGCAACAAAAUGGAGCUAGAGUAAGCACAAAUGCGGCAUAUAUAAGACCUAUAAGACGAAAGCGGAAAAAUUUAAAGGUUAAAACUCAAUCGCACGUUUUAAGAGUUUUAAUAAAUGAUAAUUCGGAAGCUUACGGCGUUGAAUAUUUUGAAAAAAAUUGCGUUAAAGUCGCAUUGGCGAGAAAAGAAGUCAUACUGUCGGCUGGAUCAUUAAAUUCUCCAAAAAUUCUCAUGCUGUCGGGAAUCGGUCCGAAAAGUUAUUUAUCAGAAAUCGGAAUACAAACCGUGUCGGAUCUCAAAGUUGGUGAAAAUUUACAAGAUCACGUUACGUUUGACGGAUUCAUAUUUUCUCUUCCCCCGAAUGUAUCCGUCAUGAAACCGGAAGUUAAUGAUCAAAUCAAAGACAUGUUUGAAUAUUUAAAUUCGAGAAAAGGUCCCCUCACAACAACCGGUCCCCUAUCGUGUGGCGUUUUCGUUAAAAGCAAAAUCGAAAAACAAAACGAGUAUCCAGAUAUACAAUAUGCAUUCGAAGGUAUAAAAAUAAAAGAUUACUUAACAAAUCCAGGUCGAGUGGGUGAAUACAAUUUUGGUCCACUUUCUUAUUACGAUGGAAUUGAAAUAAGACCGGUUUUAUUAGCACCAAGAAGUCGAGGAUACCUAAGACUUAAUUCAAGCGAUCCCAUAUGGGGCUCACCGGAACUUUAUCCCAAUUAUUUCCUAUGCAAAGUAGAUUUAGAUAUAUUAAUAGAAAGUGUAAAAAUAGCAUUGAAACUUCUCGAUACGAAAAUAAUGAAAAAUCUCGGCGUCAAAUUACUCGACGUCCCACUUCCGGAUUGUAAAUCUUACAGUUUCGGUUCUACGGAUUAUUGGAAAUGCGUUAUCGUUCAAUACACAACGACGAUACAUCAUCCCGUGGGAACUUGUAAAAUGGGGCCGGAAUACGAUUCGGAUGCUGUCGUGGAUUCCGAAUUACGAGUUUACGGUGUUAAAAAUCUCAGAGUCGUCGAUGCGAGCAUAAUGCCGAAAAUAAUAAGGGGAAACACGAAUGCUCCCACGAUAAUGAUCGGGGAAAAGGGUUCGGAUUUGAUUAAAAAAUGUUGGGACGUACCGGAUUUUAAUUAUAACAAGUGA